UGUCACUGUUGUCUGAGUUAAAUUCCAUGAAUUCAGUAUUCAUAUUUUAGAGUUGGUGAUAUAGAAGUUCAAUUGAGGGUCUCAGACAAUAUAUACAGAAUGAAGCGUAAUUUAGAAGCACGUUUGAACACUGAAAUAGAGGGGUGCACAAAUUGGGGACAAUCAUCUGCUAAUUCUUCACAAAUGUCUGUACAAGAAUGUGAAUCACUAUACAAUUCCAGUAAACGUAGGAAACGGGAGAAUCGUUGGCGUAGUUCUCAGUCAUAUAUUGGGAAUACUACAGUUAUACCUCCAGCUACUAUUGGGCAAACUCUACCGGAAGGUCCUCUCAUGCUCGAUAAUGUGCAUUACUGUUUGCAUUGUAAUGCAAAGAAGUUCAAGUAUGAAAGUUUACAUUUUUGUUGUUGCAAUGGAGAGGUUGUUAUUGCAACUAAUGAAUUUCCUGAUGAGUUAUGCCGCUUAUUUAUAUCACAAGAAGAAGAUGCUAAGCAUUUCCAACAAUAUAGCCGGAUGUAUAACAAUCUUUUUGCUUUUAGUUCUAUACGCGGCAUAACUGAUUCAACAACAUAUAAAGGAAUAUAUGUGUUCAAGAUGCAUGGGCAAAUAUAUCAUUGUGUUCCAGAUCUACUCCCUAAUGAUAACAGUCCUAAAUACCUACAACUCUAUUUUUAUGAUGGGCAACACGAAGUUCAAAAUCGAGUUAAAUGUUUUCCAGAAGUACGGGAAGAUAUUAUUCGUAUACUGAUGAAGGUUACUGAGAAAAAUCCUUAUGCAAGAUUUUUUAGAUCGCUGAAGGAAAUAGAGAUAGAUGAAAAUACGCAAAUUGUCUUAAAUCAAACGACAGUUUUGGAUCAGCGUGUUUACAAUGCACCAUUGACAGAUGAAGUUGCUGUGGUAUGGCCAGAUGGUGUGUCUUCUAAUGAGAUCAGCACUCCACAUAUUCUUGUGUAUUGGAAGUCUGCUCAAACUCAUCGAAUUUAUCAUUAUUAUGGGUGCUAUAACCCAUUACAAUAUCCACUUUUAUUCCCCCAUGGUGAAUGUGGUUGGACUCAAAAUUUUAAGAAACAAAUUGCUGUUGGGAACCGUCAAACACAUCAGGUUCCAGAUCCUGUAAAUUCUUGUACAGUUCAUACUGUACACGAUUUUUUGGAUGAAGAAGCAUUACGUGCUGUUCGACACAGAACAAGAGCUGAUAAAUAUGUCUCUCCAAGAGAAUACUAUGCUUAUAAAUUACAAAUUCGGCCGCACAAUAUGCUCCUAAGAGCUGGUAGGUGCUUCCAACAGUUUGUUGUUGACAUGUAUGUCAAGAUUCAAAAUACAAGGCUUGAUUACCUGAGAAACAAUCAAGAUACAAUAAGAUUUGAUCUUUAUCAAGGUAUUCUUGACAGUGUAACGAACGGAGAGACAGAUGCUUCGAAGAUUGGACAUGUCGUUAUUUUGCCUCCAUCGUUCAUUGGUUGUCCUAGAGAUCUUAGACGCCGAUAUUUAAAUGCUAUGGCAUUAGUUCAAAGGUAUGGCAAGCCGGAUCUUUUUAUUACUAUGACAUGUAAUGCAAAUUGGCCAGAAAUAAAGGCUGAACUACAACCUGGCGAAAAAGCGCAAGAUAGACCAGAUGGAGUAGCUCGGAUAUUCCGUGCUAAACUAUUGGCGCUGAAGAAGCAGAUCAUGAAGAAAAAAGUCUUUGGCGAAGUGGCAGCAAUGAUAAACGUUGUUGAGUUCCAAAAAAGGGGUUUACCUCAUGCACAUUUCUUAAUCAUACUGAAAUUCGACUUCAAAAUAAGAGGGCCAGCAGACUAUGACAAAUUUGUUUCAGCUGAGAUACUGUCACUUCAUAAUCCUCUACUUCGUAAAGUUAUUUUGACUCAUAUGAUGCAUGGGCCGUGCGGUCAGCUAAAUCCAAGAUGCCCUUUUGAUGAAAAUGGAUGGGAAAAAGUUAGCAUGUAAAAAUGGGUAUCCAAAAGACUACACAGCAGAAUCGUUAAACAACAAAGAUGGAUAUCCUAUAUAUAGGAGAAGACAAACAGGUGAAAAAGUGAAAAUUAAACAUGCUGAGCUAGAUAACCGAUGGGUGGUACCAUAUAAUCCGUAUUUACUACUUAUGUUUGAUUGUCACUUAAAUGUUGAGGUAUGCUCAACUAUCAAAGCAGUGAAGUAUCUGUACAAGUACUUUUACAAAGGGCAUGAUCGAAUCUCAUACAAGAUAUCUGACAUGACUGAUAAUAAGCUCGAUGAAAUUGAACAAUUUCAAUCUGGCAGG